CGCCCCUCAGGUGAGCCCAGGCGGUAUAAAGCUCGGGGCCGGCUGGGAGGGUGGGGCGCGGAGCUGGGAGCACGGGUAGGGCGAACAUGGGCAACAGGGUCACCCGCGGGGACUUCGAGUGGGUUUACACGGAGCAGCCCCACACGCAGCGGCGGUGGGAGAUCCUAGCCAAAUAUCCAACAAUUAAAUCUCUAAUGGGACCAGAUCCCCACUUAAAAUGGAUUGUAUCUGGAAUGGUGUUGACACAGCUUCUAGCCUGCUACUUGGUGAAAGAUUUAUCUUGGAAAUGGGUUUUCUUUUGGGCUUAUGCUUUUGGGGGCUGCAUCAAUCACUCAAUGGCGCUAGCAAUCCAUGAUAUUUCACACAAUGUUGCCUUUGGUAACAAGCAGGCUAAGUGGAAUAGAUGGUUUGCAGUGUUUGCCAACCUGCCAAUUGGACUUCCUUACUCCGCCUCCUUCAAGAAAUACCACAUUGACCAUCAUCGAUACCUUGGUGGAGACGCUUUGGAUGUGGAUAUUCCAACUGACUUCGAAGGCUGGUUCUUUUGCACUCCAUUUCGGAAAUUUAUUUGGCUCAUCCUCCAACCACUCUUCUAUGGCCUGAGACCUCUUUAUGUGAACCCCAAAACAGUUACUCAGAUGGAAAUAUUUAAUGCCCUGGUACAAUUCUCUAUUGAUUUUAUAAUCUACUACCUAUGGGGCCUGAAGCCUGUCGUUUAUUUAAUAUCAGGCACGUUACUUUGCAUGGGUUUGCAUCCUAUUGCCGGGCACUUCAUAGCAGAACAUUACAUGUUCUUAAAAGGCUAUGAAACCUAUUCUUAUUAUGGACCUCUCAACUGGAUCACCUUUAAUGCAGGCUACCACAUGGAGCACCAUGAUUUCCCUAGCAUUCCUGGAUGCAAGCUGCCAAUGAUGGCUCAUUCAGAAUGUCCCAAGCAACGUGUUUGCCAUUGGAAAAACCUGUAUCAGUGUGACCCUCAGAAGAUCUCUGAAUAGAAACAGAAAACAUUAGGCUAUACUGUAACCUAGUAGCCGUUAAAAUGGGAGCCUCCUAUGAUGGCAGCAGAACUCCUUUCCUCCUUCAAUGAGCUGUGGGAUGACUGCUUUUCUUGUACACCAUGAAAUUAGUAUCCUGUCCUGAAGUACCAGUUUUGAAGAAAAACAUGUUCUGCUCAAGGCUGGCUAGUCUUUGUGUGAAUUUUUUUCACUGUCAAAUUUAAUAAUAUUGCAUUCUUUUCUGACCAGGGGAAGAAAGAUCCAUUCUGCUUAUCUGUAGAGUUGACACCCUUGUAAAAAUGCUCCAAAGGAUAACGCAAGUCUUUCCCACCCCUAGCAUUAGAAAAAAAGAUCCACUGUUACACUGGGUAUUACCUGAGGCAAAGAAGUUAUUCAUAAAACUUGAGGGGGAAGUACUGGGCAGGGUGUGAAACCAGAGUUCCUAGGCUGACAGCCUCAGAAUAACUCUAGUAGCUGUGCUUGUUUGAAGCACAAGUUAAAUUGACAGCAGAAGCAGUGGAAUUAGCUGGCUUAUUACAGUUUUGUAUUUUUACACAUACCUUAGAACUAUCCAGUUGCUCACAGCUAGCUUAUGAUGUCCUUGUCCUCCUCCUCCUAUUCUUUCCUUAGACUUUCAGCACUACUAAAGCACUUACUUUGGAAAGUGAUGAAUACAGCUGUACUAAAGCACUGGAAUCGCAGUGGCGUCUAAGAGCUCCAGUUAUAGCCCUGUACCCUAUGGUGCCUGGGUGCUGUAGAAACCAAACAAAGUCCCUGUCUCAGUGCUUGCAAGCACUUUAAGAGAAGAGACAUCAGUUGGUUAAAGGGGGAGCACAAGCAAACAACAGCACAGUACAGCUUAGGAUGAUAAGCACUGGCCUCAACAUACCACCUGCCAACUAGUUAUCCAGCCUCUUGUAGACAUUAGGGCAAUGCUUCAGGCUGCUGUAGUGCCUUCCACCUGAAGGUAUCAAAACUCUACAAACACCAACAAGUUAAGCCUCACACCAGCCCUCUGAGGGAAGGGAGUAUUGGUAUACCCAUUUUACAGACUGGGGAGGACAGGACCUGAGGCAGAGAUGUAAAGUAACUUGCCCAAGAUAAUGCAGGAAGCUAGUGGCACAGCCAGGAAUAGGAGUCAGGCAUUGACUCCCAGUCCUAUACUUUAAUCACAAUGCCUCCAUUUUCUUUGAGAUAAUGGUAAUGCAAUCAAAUGAAAUUAAUACUGUGGACUACUGCCCUCAAGUAAUACUAUAGCAGACGUUAAGUGACUGGAAAGAUAACUAUUAUAGGGUACCUGUCCUUAUCUGCAUUAUCAGGCCAGAGUACAUUUAAUAGCAAUUUAACUUCAGUUUGCUGAUCUGUCAGUGUUAGGGUUUUAAAAUAAAACUUGCAUUAAAAUACGCUUCCUUAUGUCUAAAUCAAUGUACACGGUUCAUGUUUUGUGAUGCUGUUAGCAUAGACAACUAAACAUGCUCACUGUUUUCAUAUUGGA